AUGACUACCUUCGCACCCAGACCUGUAGGUGGUGCAUUAGCUGUGGAUCCAAAACAUCAACCAUGGGUAGAGAAAUACCGACCAAAGACGAUAGACGAUGUGUCAUCACAGGAACAUACAGUAGCCGUAUUGAGGAAAGCUUUGGCUUCUACCAAUUUACCUCAUAUGUUAUUUUACGGUCCACCUGGUACCGGGAAAACAAGUACGAUCUUAGCACUUGCAAGACAACUGUACGGCCCUGACCUCUUCCGAGCGAGAGUACUGGAACUGAACGCAUCGGACGAAAGAGGUAUUUCAGUUGUGAGAGAGAAGAUCAAGACGUUUGCUAGAGAAACUCCAAGACACGUUGGUAAAUCAUCCGACGGCAAGACAUACCCUUCUCCACCUUAUAAACUCAUCAUCCUGGACGAAGCCGACUCGAUGACUCAGGAUGCUCAAUCGGCUCUGAGAAGAAUCAUGGAAACGUAUUCGAGAAUUACGAGGUUCUGUUUGGUGUGUAAUUAUGUGACAAGAAUAAUCGAACCCCUCGCUUCAAGAUGUAGUAAAUUCCGAUUCCGACCUCUCGCCCAAUCCAGUACCCAAGCUAGGAUAGAGAUGAUAGCUGAGAAUGAAGGUGUACAAGCUGAAGACGGGGUAUUACCACUCAUACUGGAACUGGCGGGUGGUGAUCUACGAAAAGCCAUAACGUAUCUACAGACUGCACAGAGAUUACAUGGUGCGACUGAACCUCCUACGCCUAUAACGGCUUUGUCAAUUCACGAAAUAUCCGGAGUGGUACCUGACGAUCUCAUCACGCAUCUCUUGAGCGUGAUGGGAGUCGAUAAAGAGCAAGGGAUCGAUCUGACCUUGGGUCAAGAUGGUUUCGAAGGUGUGCGAACGGCUGUGAAGAGAGUUGGGAGGGAAGGUUGGAGUGCUGGGCAGGUCUUAGAACAGAUACAUGACGCUCUCAUUCCGUUACCCACCAUACCAGCCUUACCGAAGAGUCUAGCCGCGAUGGCCAUAGCAGAAUGUGACAAGGGAUUAUGCGAAGGUGGUGAUGAGGAGUUACAGUUGUUGGAAUGUUGUCUCAAGAUCAAAGAUGCUAUGGGCAAGCAGUAA